AUUUAUAUCCCACACUGCUUCCUCAGCUCCUACCAGGAAACAAAGCCAAACCAAAAAAUCCCACCAUUGUUGAGACCUCACUUUCCCUGGAAAACGAGGGAAAAUCCUUCAACUGAUCAACACAGAUAUUGCCCUUAAACUCCUGUUUCCCAUCCAAAUUUAUGAUCUUUCUGCAGAAAUCAUAAAAAUUUUCCAGCUUUUGAAUGUGAGAGAAAGAGAGAGAGAGAGAGAGAUGGGUUGCCUGCACUCAAAAACUGCUCAUCUUCCUUCUCCCGAUGACCCAUCAGCCCCAAACAAACCAGAAUCAGUAAAUGGGGACCAGAUGGAUCAGGAGAACCAAGUUCCGGCUUUCAAAGAGUUUGAUCUUGAUGAGUUGAGGAAGGCAACAAACGGUUUUAGCUCAAGCUGCAUUGUGUCUGAAGGUGGAGAGAAAGCCCCCAAUGUGGUUUACAGAGGAAAGCUUGAAGGGAACCGGCUCGUAGCGAUUAAGCGGUUCUCUAGGCAGUCGUGGCCUGAUGCUCAGCAGUUUGUGGCAGAAGCAACCGGUGUUGGUAAGCUUAGACACAAGAGAUUGGUCAAUUUGAUCGGUUGCUGUGCUGAAGGAGAUGAGAGACUGUUGGUAGCGGAGUAUAUGCCCAAUGAUACCCUCUCGAAGCAUCUCUUUCACUGGGAAAAGCAACCACUCCCAUGGGAAAUGCGUGUUCGGGUUGCAGACUAUAUUGCACAAGCACUCGAUCACUGUAACAUGGAAAACAGGAAAAUCUAUCACGAUCUUAAUGCAUACAGAAUCCUCUUCGAUGAGGAUGGUGAUCCUCGUCUAUCGAGUUUUGGUCUCAUGAAGAACAGUAGAGAUGGAAAGAGCUACAGUACUAACUUAGCUUAUACUCCGCCAGAGUUUUUACGAACAGGCAGAGUCAUUCCUGAAAGUGUGAUAUACAGUUAUGGAACGGUUCUUUUGGAUCUGAUGAGCGGUAAACAUAUUCCACCAAGCCAUGCUCUCGAUAUUAUAAGAGGGAAAAAUGUGCUGCUAUUGAUGGAUUCGUCUCUGGAAGGGCAAUAUGCGAAUGAAGAUGCCACUAAAUUGGUCGAGCUUGCUUCAAAAUGCCUUCAAUCAGAAGCCAAGGAUCGACCCGAUACCAAGUUUCUUCUCUCUGCGAUCGCACCACAACAAAAGCAAAAAGAGAUUGCAUCUCAUGUGCUGAUGGGCUUGCAAAAGAACACUGUAGUUUUACCAACUAUGCUCUCUCCUCUUGGAAAGGCCUGUUCUAAGAUGGACCUGGCAACCGUUCAUGACAUUCUGCUUAAAACCGGUUACAAAGAUGAGGAAGGUGCAGAAAACGAGCUUUCAUUUCAAGAAUGGACUCAGCAAGUGCAAGAGAUGUUGAACACAAAAAAGUUUGGAGACAUUGCUUUUAGAGACAAGGAUUUCAAGAAUGCUAUCGAAUGUUACUCAAAGUUGGUGGCGAUGAUGUCGGGACCUUCUGCCACUGUGUUCGCGAGAAGGGCUUUCUCGUAUCUAAUGACGGACCAACCAGAGCUUGCCCUAAGGGACGCAAUGCAGGCGCAGGUGUGCAUACCCGAGUGGCCAACUGCAUUUUACCUCCAAGCCAUUGCGCUUUCGAAACUGGGGAUGGAGACUGAUGCCCAAGACAUGCUCAAUGAUGGUGCCGCCUUUGAAGCCAAGAGACAGAACAGCUGGCGAAGCUGAAGAAAGCAAAGCCCCCCAAAUAUUUAUGGGUCUUCACGGACAAGUUCGAGGUAUUGUCUUGUAAGAAAAAAAACUGAGAGAUGUUGUGAUGAGUUUUGCAGGAAAUUGGUUUGGUUAUGGAUGUUGUGAUCAGUGUCUGUGUGUUGGUUGGUUGGUUGUUUCAGUGAAGUGUAAAAUCUCAUGGAAAAAGGAAAAUAAUAGCAUGACUUUCCCACU